GUUGAUAGGCACAAAACGUAUAAAUUCAUAGAAAUAGUACUCUUGGAAUUAGUACAGUUAAAAAUGGCUGUAUCGGCAGUACCGACGGUAUACGAGUACUACACAAACGGCGGCAUCGCCGCCGGUUUGUCCGACAAACAACCCUACUUCACGUUGAACAACAAAAACAUCACCAUCUACAGCGGAGCCUUCCACUACUUCAGAGUACCGAGGGCGUACUGGAGAGACAGGCUGAGGAAAAUGCGAGCAGCAGGUUUGAACACGGUGGAAACCUACGUACCGUGGAACUUGCACGAACCACACUCAGGCGUGUACGAUUUCGGAUCGGGUGGAACCGAUUUCGAAGACUUCCUGCACGUGGAGGAGUUCCUGAAGACCGCCCAAGAGGAGGACCUGCUGGCUCUGGUACGACCGGGUCCCUACAUCUGCUCCGAAUGGGAAUUCGGAGGUCUACCCGCUUGGUUGUUGCGCAACACCUCCUCAGUACGCAACUCCAAGGACACCAACUACCUGCAGUCCGUGAAGCGGUACUUCAACGUCCUCCUUCCCUUACUAGCCGCGCUGCAGUUCCAAAAAGGCGGCCCGAUCAUCGGGUUCCAGAUCGAGAACGAGUACGGCAACACCGGCAACCACGACCUACCUUAUCUGCAAUAUGUCCAACAGCUGUUUUUGGACAAUGGCAUCGAGGAACUCCUUUACACGUCCGAUCCGCCCGGGGCUAACGGCAGGGGCGCCAUUCCUGGUGUCCUGCAGACCGCCAAUUACAACACCAACCCCAAAUGGCAGCUGGACAAGCUCAACCAGCUGCAGAAGAACAAACCUACUAUGACCAUGGAGUUCUGGACAGGAUGGUUCGAUCAUUGGACGGAGGGACAUCAUACGGUGGACAAGGGGACAUUCAAGAAGCUGUUGGAAGAGAUUCUGGACUAUCCUUCGUCCGUUAAUCACUAUAUGUUCGUUGGUAGUACCAAUUUCGGCUUUACCAACGGCGCCAACAGCCUGAAAGGCGGCUCGGACAAUUCGGGUUUGCAGCCAACCACGACCAGCUACGAUUACGAUUCCCCAUUGACCGAAUACGGCGACUACACGGAGAAGUACCACGUGGUGGCGGCCGCCAUAGCGGCUCGGAACCCGGUGAAAACCCGCACGCCGGUACCACCGGAAAUCUCGCCUCUGGUGCGACAUCCAUCUCUACAAAUCCAAGGCGUUCUACCGUUGUUCGAUUUGAUUAAUAAGGCUGACAACGUGGUGAAGAGCGACGUGGUACUACCCAUGGAGAAGCUGCCCAUCAACGGGAAUUCAGGGCAGAAUUUUGGCUACGUGGUGUACAGAACUACCAUCGAAAACCCGUCGGAGAAGCCCGUGUUGAAGAUCUCCGGGUACGUCAGGGACACGGUACUAGUGUUGUAUAAUGGACAGCUCAUCUCGCCGGUACCGAAAUCAUCGAAGGACUUGGACGGUUUCGGAUUCUGGCGCUUGAAGGACUCCCAACUGGAUCUGCUUCCGAACAGUAGUACCUCCGGCCCGUGUGUCUUAGAUCUCGUAGUGGAGAACUUCGGCAGGAACAACUACGGCUCCCUGGACCAGUUCAGGCAGUUCAAAGGACUCGUCGAUGACGUUUUCGUGGACGGUACCAAAGUGGACAAGUGGGAGAUAGUACCGUUCGAGUUCAAGACCUCGUGGAACAACGCCUUGACCGGCUGGAUGGCCACCACGGGUGGUUUGAAAUCCAGGCCUGCUGUGUACAAAUUCGAAUUGAACGUAGAUGGCGCCGUCGGCGACACCUAUUUGGACAUGCGCACUUGGACCAAGGGCAUAACGAUCGUGAACGGGUUCGUGCUGGGCAGGCACUUCUUCGUGGGGCCGCAGCAGUCGUUGUACCUGCCGGCGCCGCUUCUGAGGAACGGUACCAACGAGGUACUCGUGUUCGAACAUUACGACGCCCCCGAUCAAUUGGUGUUCUCUGAUAGGCCGAUUUUCGGUGGGUCUACUCGUUGA